AUGCAGCACUCCCUCGUCUUUUUGGCAAGUGUUGGCGUCUCCUUAGCCACCCCACCCUCGUACAACGUCCCUCACGUUACCAUUCAGAAUGGAACGUUGAUCGGCAAGACGAACAAUAGCGUUGACAGCUUCAUCGGCAUCCCCUAUGUCAAGCCGCCGAUAAAUGACCUGCGUUUCCGUGCACCGCAGUCAAUCGAGGAGUCUUUUGGCGUGUUGGAGCUUCCCGAGGUCGCGCCGGCCUGCAUCCAGAUGCACCUCAGCGAUGUCGACACGACUGGGAUCCCUGCCGAGGCUGUUCCUGCCGUGCAGCGCCUUUCACAGACCCCAGAGACUCCGCAAUCUGAAGACUGUCUGACUGUCACUGUUCAACGACCGGCGGGUGUGUCCCCAGGUCAGAGACUGCCAGUGCUUGCAUGGAUUCACGGAGGCGGUUGGGAGAUUGGAGCAUCGCAGUGGUACGACGGCACAGCCAUUGUUAGAAAAAGCAUGAACAUGAGUGAGCCAGUAGUGUUCGUCUCCAUGAACUAUAGACUAGGUGCCUUUGGCUUCCUGCAUGGCAAGGAGCUUUCAGAGAAUGGCAGUACAAACCUCGGCCUUCGUGACCAGCGCAAGGCCCUGGAGUGGAUUGCAGAAAACAUCGGGGCAUUCGGCGGUGACUCUGACAGAGUGACUAUCUGGGGUGAGAGCGCUGGCGCUGCCUCCGUAUUUGACCACCUCACCAUCAACAAUGGUGACCACACGUACCGAGGUAAGCCGCUCUUCCGGGGCGGCAUCAUGAACUCAUGCACGCUCAUUCGGACACUAUCAGCCACUUCUGCGAAGGCACAGGGUGUCUUCGACGGGCUUGUCACCGCCGCGGGAUGUGCCAACAGCACAGAGACUCUGGCAUGCCUGCGCCGGGCCUCAACCGAGACCCUGCGGGUGGCUGCGCAGUCGUUUGGGGAUUUUUACACAGUUAAGGGAAACAACUUGCCCUUCAUACGCCGACCUGAUGAGUCCGACUGCUUCUUCUCGCAGUUUGGCGACGAGGCUCUGGAGAGCGGGCGGUACGCUCGAGUGCCUGUUAUCGCGGGUAGCCUGGAGGACGAGGCGACUAUAUUUGCCCUCUCUCAGCGUGAAGUUGUCAACUCGACCGAGACACUAGUCGACUACAUGGCAAGCUGGUUCCCUGAGACAGACCGUCAGGUGAUUGCCAAUCUAAUCGACACCUACCCCGACGACCCGGCGGCUGGCAUCCCCUCCGGGACGGGCAAUCUGUACGAGCUCUAUCCCCAGUUCAAGAGAAACGCCGCAGUGCAGACAGACGUCACCUUUGCCGCGGCCCGCCGAGCUCUCCUGUCUCAGAUGCAGGGCGAGGUCCCCAUCUGGGCCUGGCUCGGCACCUUCCAGCACGCCCUGCCGCAGCUCGGGACGUACCACACCUCCGACCUUGGCACACACUUCCGAGGGCUGAACCCCGUCGCCGGCAACGCCAUUAAUGCCGCCUACAUACACUUUGUCCACCAUCUUGACCCCAAUGGCAGGACCAGAGCCCCCUGGUGGCCUCAGUGGGACGAGGAGGGGUUGGUGCUGGCCAACUUUAGCGCUUCGGAGACGGGUUUGACCAGGGACGACUUUCGUAGAGAGAGCUUUGAUUUCAUAAACGCGCACUCCUCGGAGAUUCGCCAAUGA